ACGUUUUUCCAAGGGCUGCCCAGCUGACUGGGUCAGCGGUUCUCUAAGAAUAGGUGUUUUGCCGGUCUCACGGAGACAAAACAUGAGCGACACAAGAUUCACGUUACUCGAGCCGAGCCCAAAGCAAGCCCGCUCGAGGAUUCAGGGAGGAACCUGAGGUUGGCGGGGAGUCGGGCGCCGAAAGACCGAUGGCAGAGAUCCUGAUUGGUGCUGCAGCCUCAUGCUCGGCCAGUCUGCUCACGCACCCGAUCGAGGUGGCCAAGAUACGUAUCCAGUUACAAGGAGAACUCCAGCCUCCCGUCAAACGCAAGGACCGGACCAAGCAACCUCGCCUCGUCUACCGGAACGUGCCACAGGCCAUCUAUACCGUCGCCAGAUACGACGGCUUGCUGGCCAUUUACCGUGGCCUGUUGCCAGGCUUAGGCUACCAGCUGCUAGCAAACGGAUUGCGCCUGGGGAUCUUCCAGAUUAUUGAAGACUUCGGCUUUACGCUGGAUGAAAAUUUGGAACCCAGCAUCCGACUCAGCGCCAUCUCUGGGGCUGUGUCUGGAGCGGUGGGCGCUUUCGCCGGAUCGCCGCUCUUUUUGCUCAAGACGCACAUGCAGGUUUACUCGGCCACUGCCUCCAUCGCCGUAGGCUACCAGCACGGAUUCUUGACCGCCCGGUCUGCCUUCAUGCAUAUCUACCGCACCCAGGGACUCUGGAACGGACUUUGGCGUGCUACCUCGUCCAACAUCCUGCGCAUCUCCACCGGGUCCGCUCUGCAGAUGUCCACCUUCAUCGGCCUCAAGACUCUCCUCAACACGGCUGUCGAGAACCGCGAGCGCUACUUCUUCAUCAACACGGUGCUGGCAGCCAUCAUGUCGGGACUCAUCUCCGCUCCUCCUAUCGCGAUGGUGGACGUGCUACGCGCACGCAUGUACGCCCAGCCGUCGGACUCUAUGGGCCGGGGACUCUACUACCGCAAUAUCUGGGACUGCAUUCGGAAGAUCAAGCGUACCGAAGGUCUGCGGGGACUCUCGAAGGGCGCCGGCGGUGCGUUUCUCUACACCCUCGUGACGUCGUCGAUCACCCUCAUCUCCUGGGACGAGCUCAAGAGCGCCAGGAGGGAACGCAGGCACUCCAGAGACUACUACAUCGACUUUGGUUACCAAUAAGCUAUAGCUGCAAGCCUGUUGGUUAGCAA